AUGCCCAUCUUGGAGCUAAAGGAGAAUGUCCAAGGUCAAUCGGAGUCUUCCAUCACCCUCACGUAUCCGUUUCAAGAGCUAUACUUUGCAUAUGAUGCCAUCUUGGGAUACUACACAUCCCUACGUAUUAGCAACCCGCUCCAUCGCUCCAUACGCAAACUAAUUACCGUCAUGGACUGGUUGUUUGCAGAAGUCUGGGAUGAAAAGAAUCGACUCAGAAAAGGGCGCAAGGAUAGACUCCUGUGCAAAGUGGUCGGUACCUACUCCCACGAGCGACCCAGCCAUAACGCCUUCAUACUCGCCGCUGAGGUAUUGAGAUUCGAUGGUGCCAAUUUCACGUGGGGCACCCUUCAACUCGAGAUGCCAGAAUUCUCCGGGAAGAAACAAAUCACCGACUUGCCUUUCUACCCGCUCAGCUUCGAGAAGGACCCGCACCGUAUGAAGGGGGAAAUGAAGCGAAGGGGACAAGGUCUUCUGGAUUAUCUGAGUUGCACGUUCUUCCCCGACGGUAGUGCUGCUUUCCGACAGGUACUCCAACUGGGAGAUCUAUCGUACAUAUAUCCACUGGCGACUGGAUACGACAAGACACGGGCGACUGGUCACGACAAUUGGGGAAAAGUAUGGUUCAAUCUCAUAUCCGACAAUGACGUUGAGCCCUCGGCACCUUUUAUUAUGAGGCCCGAGGUCUUCGAGACCGUCAGUUUUGGAAGGACGCCAAAGACCCCGAAAGAAAUAUUCCGGAUCGAGGAAUACCGCAAGAGGUUUCCGCCUUGGCAGCACCACUAUCCGCUUGUCGGCUUGUAUGGAAAGCCGUUCAUGCCCGUGACCGGGAAGACAUAUGUGGCGGAGAACUACGCUAUGCAUCUGCAAAAGCCCAUCUUGCGCUGGAGACCCGAAAGCACAAUCCCGACAAAUGAGAUGCUGGCAGGGCUCAAGUAUGUCCUUCGAAAGGCAAAAGACUUGAACGGCAUCGAUUUAGUGACGGACGUUGAGAACCUCAUAGCGGAACGGGCCCACAGCGACAAGAUGGUGCUCCAGGACAUCGUGCUCUUGCUUUCCCACAAUGAGACCGUGAGCAUACUGUCACUCCCCCCGCUGAACGACUUCGGCAACCGCCUUCUUAAACCCUAUCCUCACCAGAUUAUCGAAAUGUCACAUCCAGCCCGAACAGAGCGCCUCCGCAUGUGGACGAAUGCUCUCAGUCUCACGCCCCUCCUACCCGACGAAGACAAACAGCGCAGAGCCCUAACCAUCGGAGAAAUCAGACAUCUUGCCCAAUACGAGCUCGACGAGAAGGAUAUCAAGCAAGUGUUGUACAUGGUAGCAACAAGAUGCCAUCAAAGGCAUCGUCCACUCACGAAGGUAGCCAUUGUGGAGGGCAUUCAUGAUGCGAGGCUGAGUCGAACAAUCCGGGAUUGGGCGAGUGUAUUUCCCACCUGGGCCGGCCCUGGAGACCUGCCCCCAAGCUCCAUUUGCGAAGCUUGGUCCAGCAGCGAGAUAACGACUGACUCCUGCGAUUGGAGCAGCACCAAUAGCGGACUAUUUGGGGAUACCGAAGUUGAUGAUCGGCCGCCCUCCUUCAGCUUUGAUUGA